AACACAUCGGCGACCUAAGCACUGGAUUUUCAUAGACUGAUUGAUAUAAAAAAUGAUUGUUUAUGUGUAUGUGGUUUGAAACGGUUUCGAGUGUUCGUCCUGAAACCUUUCCGGAAAAAUUCUCGUUGAAAAGCUCACGCUUUGGUUGUGAAGUGUAUCAGUUCUUUGUUACGGUUUUUUUCUCAGUUUGCCUAAAUGUGUAAGAUGACCGAGAUCCGUUUCCGUGUCUCCUUAGGCAAAAGUACAACGUAACCCAUGGAAAGGUGCUCAUCGGGCGACCGCGUAUCGGCUUAAUGAGCGGGUGAACAAUAUGAAAACUAGAAAAACUAGACCCAGGUGUAGUUCUCCAGGUGGUGACGCUCAGGUAGUGAAGUCGUCGAAGAUGCAUUAUUCCGCCGCUGUGGGGGUGUGAUCCAACCCAGAGAUUGAGCCCCGAUUACGCCAGAACUAAAUUUGACAAUAUGAAAAAUAAAAAGGAUAGUGAAGGAGGAGGCGGAUGAGGAACGCUUCAAAGGGAGAAAAGCUUUAGUACAACAGAUCCCGGCCACUUAUCGUCGAUGGUGGGCGAUCGGGACGGCGAUGAACUGGGCACGCGGUGGGAGCCCCCAUCGAUCGAUUCGGGCAGCGUCAGGGAAGUGCGCUACUCGUCUUUCUCGCAGGCGUCUCCGCCUCAGCCACCACCGUUGCCACCUCCGCUGCCGCUACAGCAGAGGAGGCCCUACUCGCGAUCCAUGUCUUCAUUGCCUCCCGAGCCCUUCAUGAUUAUGCGUUCGAAAGCACUCAACAGGCGUGUCGUUAUUAAUGUCGGCGGCGUUAAGCACGAAGUCCUUUGGCGUACCCUCGACCGACUACCCCAUACUCGUCUUGGUCGUUUAAGAGAUUGUAACACGCACGAAGCUAUCAUCGAACUAUGCGACGAUUACUCUCUAGUUGACAACGAAUACUUUUUUGAUCGCCAUCCGAAAUCUUUUAGCUCCAUCCUCAAUUUUUAUCGGACAGGAAAGCUACAUUUAGUUGACGAAAUGUGUGUGCUAGCGUUUAGUGAUGAUUUAGAGUACUGGGGUGUAGACGAAUUAUACUUGGAAUCGUGCUGCCAACACAAGUAUCAUCAGAGAAAGGAGCACGUCCACGAAGAAAUGCGCAAGGAGGCCGAAUCCCUAAGGCAAAGGGACGAAGAGGAAUUUGGCGAUGAUAAAUGUUCGCAAUAUCAAAAGUGGCUUUGGGAUAUGCUCGAGAAACCCACCACCUCAAUCGCUGCUAGGGUAAUCGCCAUCGUUUCCAUCUUGUUCAUUGUGGUAUCGACCGUCGCGCUUACGCUGAACACAAUUCCUAGCAUGCAGGUUUACGAUGAUCGAGGAGUCGCCCAAGAUAAUCCUCAACUGGCGAUGGUAGAGGUUGUCUGCAUAACGUGGUUUUCUCUCGAGUACAUCCUGAGGUUUAGCGCUUCGCCAAAUAAAUGGAAAUUUUUCAAGGGCGGCCUCAACGUGAUUGACUUGUUAGCCAUAUUGCCUUAUUUUGUGUCGCUGUUUUUGUUGGAGACUAAUAAAAACGCCAACGAUCAAUUUCAAGACGUACGAAGAGUAGUUCAGGUGUUUAGGAUAAUGCGAAUCUUGAGAAUUCUAAAGUUGGCCCGCCACUCGACCGGUCUCCAGUCCCUCGGGUUUACCUUACGUAAUUCCUAUAAGGAGUUGGGUCUGCUUAUGCUCUUCCUCGCUAUGGGCGUGCUGAUAUUUUCGAGUCUGGCCUACUUUGCCGAAAAAGAGGAACCGGGAACUAAGUUUAUUAGUAUACCUGAGACGUUUUGGUGGGCCGGAAUUACGAUGACCACCGUUGGCUACGGAGAUAUCUACCCCACCACCGCUUUGGGGAAAGUUAUAGGAAGCGUAUGUUGCAUAUGCGGGGUCUUGGUGAUUGCGUUGCCCAUUCCCAUCAUUGUUAAUAAUUUUGCCGAAUUCUAUAAAAAUCAAAUGCGAAGAGAAAAGGCCCUGAAACGUCGAGAGGCGCUAGAGCGAGCCAAGCGCGAGGGCAGUAUCGUUUCCUUUCAUCACAUUAAUCUGAGGGACGCCUUCGCCAAAAGCAUGGAUCUCAUUGACGUCAUCGUUGAUACAGGCCACAACUUGUCACGUGUGGACGCUAACAGCGCAGAGGUGGAAUCUGCAAGUAUCCGUAAUCCCACACAAACGGAUAGCGGAUAUUAUAGAAACUACGAUCAUUUACCUAAUCGUCCGAGGCGAACCAACUCUUCCCAAAUUCCUUGUCUUCCAACAAACGAGGGUCCGCCCAUACCUUCGCCGCCGCCUCCGCGGAGACUACUAGAGCUGGAACCAGCAGAGGAACAGAUCAAUGUCGGAGCCGCGCCACUUGCUCAAGACGAAACAAAAUUGCUACCCUACUCGCCCAAGGAAUACCUAUCGCCCGGGGCUAACAUCAAAAAGUCUGAUGCCAACAAGAAGGUCGAGAGAUUUGACGAAAUACCUAACGAAUUCGAAUGUUGCUUUUGCACUUCAAAGGAUUAUAAGGAAUUCGUCGACGCAGAAAACCUGAUGCCAUUAGGAACAAGUGAUUUCCGAAACCCGGUUUGUUUAGAAAUGAAAACGUUACGAAACGGAAUGACCGACUUCGUGAAUCCUUUUGGAGAUUUUGACAUUAAUACCAAACCUGCUUUUCAAAAUGCCAUCAACAGUGCCGAUAUGGGUAGCAUGGAUAGCUCAGAUACCUUUGCGAGUUGCAACACCCAUCCCUACCACUCCCAAGGUGACCUAACUUCAAACGUAGCAGAUCCCACGUGCGCGAUUGAUAGCAACCUGUACGUAAACCCUUUAGACAAAAGCGUAGAUAAUAGCCCCACAGCACCCCCACCCGGAAUCAGCCUAAUAUCGGCCGUCAAAAAAUCAGCGUCCGGAGACACCGGAUUAAGAAGCUUGGGGACGACGCCAAUUGAAGAAAGCUACAGAGGCUUCGGUGGCAUUGACCGUGGAAGUCGGGUGAGUCUAAACGAUUCGCCUCAACCCAAGCAUAGAAAGACGCGUUUUCAACCGACUAAUCGACAAAGAACACGAUUCGGUAAUGCAUUUGAACGCCAGUCCCAAGAGAGCUUAGAAGGUAAACGUAAUUCCAAAAAGUCCUUCAUGACGAGCAAAGGUUUUGCAUCAGCCAGCAGAAUACUAAAUCAGCACCUCUUCGGUUUGCACGCGCUCAGCGGAUCGAGAUCAGGAAAAAAUGGCGACAGCAAAUCUUCCCUAUCCGUAGAUUCCAUGGACAGUCGCACCAGUUCGCCAAUGGAACACCAUCGUCGCUCAAAGUCGAUUUUAAAGAAAUCGGAUGGAAGCUCGCACAAAAACGGGGACCCCGAAAGUGAACGACUCAUAUCGGAUAGCACCUCGGGUAUUGAUGUUGGGUCGGGCAGCGAGUACUCAUCACCCAGUAAACGCCUAUCGUCGCCGCCCGUUAAACACCGACCCCAUCAGAAACUCACAAGAUCUCUUCCUUUAUCCGGUCAGGCCGACUAUGAUAGAAACCGAACUUUAAAAUCACCUUUGUUUUUACUUGAUGAUAUUAUUAGUAAAGAUAGACAAAAUGACUAUGUGAUAGAUAAACUGAAAGAGUGUAGUGGUAGUGUACGUGACUUACCUUUAUACAUAUGUCCACCGCCACCACCAAUGGAUCAUUCCCCCACCGAAGAAACGAGGUUACUUUUACAUACGCCGACUCCAGUUGUUGUUUCUACACCAAGACAAGCUAAUUAUCUUUCAAAAGGACCUGAUCCGUCCUCGUAGCAAUUACAG